GUGUAUGUUUUAAAAAUGAAUGAGACGUCCCUCUGUGCGGUCUGCCCUUUGCAGAGCAGCAGCAGCCAGCCAGCCAAAGCGUCCCAACAGCAGCAGCAGCAGCCGUCAUCCUCCCCCACCCUGCUGUCCAGCCCCAACCAGAGCAGCUGGGAGGCCCGGCCCCUGCCGGCCCCGGCGAGGCCAAAGGUCAACAGCAUCCUCAACCUGUUUGGCCAGUGGCUUUUCGACGCUGCUCUUGUUCACUGCAAACUGCACAGCGGCCUGAGCCGGGACCCCAGCAUGACUGCCUCUUUUAUCCAAAUUCUCCUUUCUUAUAAAUCUUCGAUAGCCACUCAGAUGGGCCUGGAGCUGAGGAGGAAGGGUUCCCAGAUGUCUACCGACUCCAUGGUGCCCAACCCGCUGUUCGACAUCAAUGAGUUCCCUGAGAGCUAUGAGGCAGGACGAGCCGAGGCCUGCGGGACGCUCUGCCGCAUCUUUUGUAGCAAAAAAACCGGAGAGGAUAUUCUUCCUGUUUACCUGUCGAGGUUCUACAUGGUUCUGAUUCAGGGUCUCCAGAUUUCUGAUUUCAUCUGUAGACCGGUUCUGGCUUCUAUCAUCCUCAACUCUUCAUCUCUUUUCUGUACUGACCUGAAGGGCAUCAAUGUGGUGGUGCCCUAUUUCAUUGCUGCUCUGGAGACUAUUGUGCCAGACAGGGAGCUGUCAAAAUUCAAAAUGUAUGUAAAUCCUACAGACUUAAGGAGGGCUUCCAUUAAUAUCCUUCUUGCCAUGCUGCCUCUGCCACAUCACUUUGGCAACAUCAAAUCUGAGGUUUUGUUGGAGGGAAAGUUCAACGAGGAGGACGGCUGGCCUCAUGACCAGCCCGUCUCCUUCCUGUCUCUGAGGCUGCGUCUCGUUAACAUCCUCAUCGGAGCUCUGCAGACUGAGACCGAUCCCACCAACACACAACUAAUCCUCGGCGCGAUGCUAAACAUCGUCCAAGACUCUGCGCUGCUAGAGGCCAUAGGAGCCCAGACCGAAACGGGCAACAUAGAUGGAAGCCAUGUGACGCUGAGAAGUCAGAGUCACAGUCGCACUAACAGCGGCAUCAGCUUUAACAGCGGCGGCAGCACAGAGGCCACCAGCCCAGACUGUGAGCGUCCGGCGCAAGCGCUGCUCCGAGACUACGCUCUUCCAGAUACGGCUGCAGGCCUGCUGGUGCGCAGCAUCCACUUGGUCACACAGAGGCUCAAUUCUCAGUGGAGACAAGACAUGAGCAUUUCUCUGGCUGCCCUAGAGCUGCUGGCGGGACUGGCCAAGGUGAAGGUGGGAGUGGACUCUUCGGAGCGUAAACGUGCUGUCAGCUCCAUCUGCGGCUACAUUGUGUACCAGUGCAGCCGGCCGGCCCCUCUGCAGUCCAGAGACCUUCACUCCAUGAUCGUAGCUGCCUUCCAGUUUCUCUGCGUGUGGCUCACAGAGCACCCUGGCAUGUUAGAUGAGAAGGAUUGUUUGAUGGAAGUGUUGGAGAUUGUGGAACUGGGAAUCUCUGGGAGUAAGUCUCGCCAUGAACAGGAAGUGCGUCACAAAGCGGAGAAGGAGCACAAUCCAGCUUCAAUGAGGGUGAAGGACGCCGCUGAGGCCACGUUAUCAUGCAUCAUGCAGGUGUUGGGGGCUUUCCCUUCUCCCAGCGGACCUGCGUCCACCUGCAGCCUGCUGAACGAAGACACUCUGAUACGUUACGCCAGACUGAGUGCCACAGGAGCCACUAACUUCCGCUACUUCGUCCUGGACAACUCUGUGAUCCUUGCCAUGCUGGAGCAACCUCUCGGCAAUGAGCAGAAUCCUAGUCCGUCUGUGACCGUUUUGAUCCGAGGAACAGCAGGACGACACGCCUGGACGAUGCAGCUCUUCCAUCAGCCAAGAGGGGCUCGUGCCAAUCAGAGGAUGUUUGUUCCUGAGAGCCGCCCGACGCCAAAUGACGAUGUGGGCAUCAAGUACAACGUGAAGCAGAGGCCUUUUCCAGAGGAGGUGGAUAAGAUCCCUCUGGUCAAAGCCGAUGUCAGCAUUCCAGACCUGGAUGACAUCGUCAGUAAGGAGGUGGGUUGCUUGGGCUAUGAGGAUGAUUCAGCAGCCACAAGUUCACUGAUGUGUAAAUACCUGGAAAUUCAGCACAACAAGCUUCGCAGUCUGAUGGCCAAGCAGAUAGACUAUGAAAACACUUUGGAGCAGCGCAGCGAGGAGCUCUUAAAGUCCAAGUCCUUCCCAGACCCUCAGACAGAGUGCAAACCUCCUCCACCCUCGCAGGAGUUCCAGACAGCACGCCUCUUCCUCUCUCACUUCGGUUUUCUGUCUCUGGAAGCCCUAAAGGAACCCAACAACAGCCGUCUACCUCCUCAUCUAAUCGGCCUGGACUCGUCCUUGCCAGGGUUUUUUGAUGACAUCAGCUAUCUGGAUCUGUUGCCCUGCCGACCGUUUGACACUGUCUUUAUUUUCUACGUGAGAGCGGGACAGAAAAGCAGCUCUGAGAUUUUGAGGAAUGUGGAGUCAUCAGCUACUGUCCAGCCCCACUUCCUGGAGUUCUUGUUGUCUCUGGGCUGGCCUGUGGAUGUGGGCCACCAUCCGGGCUGGACGGGCCACCUGGACACCAGCUGGUCCCUGAACUCCUGCUUUGACAGCACUGAUCUUCAGACAGAGGAAGCAGCGAGCCCCGAGGACACGGGAGGUUCAGUGUUCAACGGAGAGAAGAAAGUUUUGUACUACGCUGAUGCUCUCACAGAGAUUGCCUUUGUUGUUCCCUCUUUAACAGAAAAUUCAGAGUCGUCGUCUGUGCACAGUGACUCCACAGUGGAGGCAGACACCAACACAGACCUCAUUCCUGGAAAGCAAUCUAAUCUCACACUGGAACUGUUCCCCAACCACUCUGAGAGCCUUGAGUCUGCUAAAAAGCUGAGUCCUUUGGUGAAGACGAAGAGGUCAUCGACCGGAAAGUCUUACCCCCAGCUGGGCCCUGAGACCAAAGUGUUUGUGGUCUGGGUGGAGCGCUUCGAUGAUAUCGAGAACUUCCCGUUAUCUGAUCUGUUGGCGGAAACCAGCACAGGCCUGGAGGCCAGCAUGAGCAACAGCACUUCCUGCAGGUAUUCAGAGGUUACCACUGAAAGCACUCUGCUUUCUGCCUUGCACAACCCAUCGUCUUGUGAUUUGGUUCAGAUCAGGUGCAGAAAGGAAGAAACAAACAAAAAAGAAACGCUUGUUUUGCAAAAUGGUACUUUCAACCUGCUGUGCAAAACAGGAAGUGUUCAUAUGAUGUGUGUGCAAAGGUUGGCAGAGAAAAAAGAAGUGUGGCAGAGCAGUUUGUUGUGACAGUGAACAAUGU